CGGUGUCCGGGCUGGUGAUGGGGUUAAUUCCCUAUCGUCAGACUCUUACUUGCACCCCCCCAGCCUGCCGUCGCCCCGCCGCGCCACAGUCCAACCGCCUUCUCCUCCUCAGUUACGCGGGCCACUAAGAGGGAUGAUAUAUGUGAUUCAAAACAGUCCGUUUUAGUCCAGGACUCUCCAGUGGUAACAAGGACAUGGGACUCCUCCUGCCAGAUUCCAGAUGGUUCAGUACCGUUGACAUCCUGGUUGACACCCGUGGAAAAGAACCUGGGAUUAUUUUAUUUUAUUUUUGUGGGACACCACAUCCCCGACUCCAUAGAACACAUCAGGCUUCACGUUCCCUGUAGAAUUCCAUAAUAACCUUUACUAAUGAGGAUGUCUGAUACUGUUACUAUAAAAGGUGAAUCUGAAACAAUGAAGAAUUUGGAGGCAGAAGUGAAAGAUAAAACCAAAGUUGAAAAUCUUAUCAAGUCAGAAAACUGUAGGAAGAUUUUGGCAGAGAAGAAUGAACGGUGUAUUGACAACAAUAUUGAUUUGCAGCGGCCAUUGCAGUCAUUUGGACAGACAGGAAAAAGGUCAAAGUCAAGCUCAAAGUUAAAGCUAGUUCGGAGCCUUGCAGUAUGUGAAGAGUCUCCACCACAGCCUGCAGCAGAGAUAUCCCAGGAAAACCAGGAGAAAAUCCAGAUUCACUUAACACAAUCAUUUGAAAAAGAGGAGAAGCCCUCAAAAGAUGAAGCGGAAAAAGAAAAAGCCAGUGAUAAGUUACCCAGAAAAAUGUUAUCAAGAGAUUCCAGUCAAGAAUACACUGAUUCUACUGGCAUAGAUCUACAUGAAUUUUUAGUAAAUACAUUAAAAAACAAUCCCAGGGACAGAAUGAUGCUGCUGAAAUUGGAACAAGAAAUUUUAGAUUUCAUUGGUAAUAAUGAGUCUCCACGUAAAAAAUUCCCCCCAAUGACAUCGUACCAUAGGAUGCUCUUACACCGAGUAGCUGCUUACUUUGGAUUAGACCACAAUGUUGAUCAGAGUGGGAAGUCUGUCAUAGUAAACAGAACUAGCAAUACAAGAAUACCUGAUCAGAAAUUCAACGAACAUAUUAAGGAUGAUAAAGGUGAAGACUUUCAGAAACGCUACAUCCUGAAGCGAGAUAACUCUAGCUUUGAUAAAGAUGAUAACCAGAUGAGAAUCCGAUUGAAAGACGACAGAAGAAGCAAAUCUAUAGAAGAAAGAGAAGAAGAGUACCAGAGAGCUAGAGAUCGAAUAUUUUCCCAAGAUUCCCUGUGUUCCCAAGAGAAUUAUAUUAUUGACAAAAGAAUCCAAGAUGAAGAUGCUAGUAGUACUCAGCAGAGGCGCCAGAUAUUUAGGGUUAAGAAAGAUGCGUCAGGGAGAUCAACUAAUAGCCAUCACAGCAGCAGCACAGAAAACGAGCUGAAGUACUCGGAGCCAAGGCCCUGGAGCAGCACAGAUUCCGACAGCUCUCUCCGCAACCUAAAGCCUGCUGUCACCAAAGCCAGCAGCUUCAGUGGGAUUUCAGUCCUAACAAGAGGUGAUAGUUCUGGAAGCAGCAAGAGCAUAGGCAGGCUUUCAAAAACAGGUUCUGAGUCUUCUGGUAGUGUAGGGUCAUCUACGGGCUCUCUUUCUCACAUCCAGCAGCCUCUUCCACGUUCAGCUCUCAGCCAGUCUUCUCAUGGCACGCCUGUCGUCUAUCCAACUGUCAGCACUCAUAGUUCUCUGUCCUUUGACGGUGGCCUAAACGGGCGAGUCGCAGCUCCUAGCACUAGCUUCUUUUUGCUUCCCUUGGAAGCGGCAGGCAUACCACCUGGCAGUAUUCUGAUCAACCCGCAAACAGGUCAGCCCUUCAUAAACCCAGAUGGGAGCCCAGUUGUGUAUAAUCCUCCUAUGACUCAGCAACCAAUCCGAACCCCAGUGCCUGGACCUCUACAGCCACCUCUGCCGCCCCCACCACCUCAGCAGCAGGCAGCCAACCAGAUUUUCUCACAGCCUGUGCGGCCUCUGCAGUCCUCUUCACAGCCUGUUCCGUACUCUACAGCCCCCUACCCAUCCCCGCUCCUGCCAGUCUCACCUACCCAGCAAUACUCCGUGCAGGACAACCUCGGGUCUCAGUUAAGCCACAUGAGCCUUGGACGCCAAUCAUCUGCUGAUGGUUCUGACCCGCACCCCACCAUGUUCCAGUCCACGGUUGUUCUCCAGUCUCCACAGCAGUCUGGUUAUAUUGUCACAGCCGCCCCUCCGCACCAUCCUCCUCCGCCCCCACCGCCGCCUCCCCUCCCAGCUGGGCAACCAGUCCUGACUGCCAGCUAUUCAGCCUCUGCUCAUCCUCUCAGCCAGCCUGGGCUCCAGCAACAGGGCUAUAUCCCGCAGUCCUCACCACAGAUGCCAGCCUGUUACUGUGCUCCAGGCCACUAUCACUCCAGUCAACCUCAGUACCGCCCAGUCCCCUCUGUCCACUACAAUUCCCAUCUCAACCAACCACUGCCGCAGCCUGCACAGCAGACAGGUUACCAAGUUAUACCCAACCAGCAGCAAAACUAUCAAGGGAUAGUUGGAGUUCAGCAACCCCAAAGUCAGAGUCUAGUUAGUAGCCAACCCAACAACAUUGGAAAUCAGAUUCAAGGAGUGGUCAUUCCUUACCCUUCAGUGCCAUCCUAUCAGGUUUCACUGCCUCAAGGUUCUCAAGGAAUUGUCCAUCAGACUUAUCAACAGCCUGUUAUGUUCCCUAAUCAGUCUAAUCAAGGAUCUAUGUCCACCUCAGGAAUGCCAGUUUACUAUAGUGUCAUUCCGCCUGGUCAACAAAAUAAUUUAAGUUCCUCAGUAGGCUACUUGACACACCCAGGACCAGAACAAGUACCGUUCCCUCGAACCACUUCCCCUUGCAGUUCCCAGCCGCUGCAGAGCCACCAGUGCACAGCUGUGCCGCCUCCGCCACCUGGUGGAGGAAUGGUGAUGAUGCAACUCAACAUACCAAGCAAUCCCCAGUCUCACGCCCACUCACCUCCCCAGUGGAAACAAAACAAGUACUACUGUGAUCACCAGAGAGGACUGAAGUGUGUGGAAUUCAGCAGUGUGGACAGCAUUGUCCAGCCCAGCCCUCAGCUCAGUAGCCCCAUUAUUUCGCCAGCUCCGUCGCCAGCCCCAGCUCAGCUGCCAACCCUGAAAGCUGUCCACCCCUCUGGACCACCACUUUCCAUAAUGCCCCAGUUUUCUAGAGCUUUUGUCUCUGGACAAGGCGAUACCAGAUAUCCACUACUUGGCCAACCACUGCAGUACAACCCACCUGCUGUUCUACCCGGACACAUCCCCAACCAGCAGGGCCAACCUGGCAGUCGGCAUGGAAACCGAGGAAGGAAACAAGCUAAAAAGGCUGCAUCCACUGACCUUGGCGCUGGAGAAGCAGUUAUCGGGAAGGUCUUGGAAAUUACUGAACUCCCAGAUGGAAUAACUCGCAUGGAAGCCGAGAACCUCUUUGGAGAACUCUUUAAAAUUGGCGCCAAGAUCCGGUGGCUCCGGGACCCACAGUCCCAGCCCCGCUUGCGGCGACACCCCCUCUGCUCUGGGGGCGGAGACAGCACAGUCCACUCCGAGUGCUCUAAACCCAGUGACUUGGCCUCCACGUACACCGUCUUAGCCUCAUUCCCCUCCAUUUCAGCUGCGCAGAAUGCCUUGAAGAAGCAGAUUAACUCGGUUAACAAGUUUAAGCUGAGAACAAGCAAGAAGAACUACGACUUUCACAUUUUGGAAAGGGCCAGUUCUCAGUAACAGAACCAUCUAUGGGCCCUUCACCUCGGGGAUGACCCGGUCCUCUCCCAUCUCUGAUUGGCUUGGUAUCUGGAGCUUCUUUUAACAUUCUAGAGACUCCUAUGGCAUUACAGCUUUUGAAGAAAGGCCAGUGAUAUCCACAGAAGGAAGAGAGAGCUGCAUUUUGCCCCAAAUGACUAAAGAAAUCCACAUCGGGAUGAUACAUAAUUAUCAGCUUUUUCCAAGGAAAUGCUGUUCAAAUGCCUCCUAACUUUUAUAGUGAUUUUGUUUUAUAUUUCUGAAUUCUUGUAUCAGAUCCAAAGCUCUGUUUCUGUUGUACAGCAGAGUCUUCAAAACGAUCGUAACCAGUUGCCACCUCUUUGCAGCCAGCACAGUGCGACCCAGCACAGAGUGGGGAGGGGGCGGGGUGAUGCAGGAGUGGAACCACCACGGGAGACCAUUUCGUAUCUUUCUGGGGCAUUGGGGUAGACUAGGGAGAGCCCACAAAGAGAAGAGUGCUCUGACCCAGAAUCACCACACACACAAAAGAACUUCCAGAAAACACAGAACUCCCUCAUAAGGUCCUUUGCUUCUUCACUUAGGUAGUGUGAGCAUUAGGAUGAAGUAAAUGAUCUUCUUAACACCUCUUGAUCACACCACUUAGCUUCCCAGGGGGAAGAAAUCACUGUAGAAACAGGAAAAUACUUAACUUUUUUGACACUUAAGCGUCUCUCCAGUAACUAAAUGCCACUUAACUUGCUUGCUCCUCCUUGUGGAUCCUAUUUAGUCACUGAAGGAAAUGCAUUUAAUGAGUGCUGGGAACUUCUGCAUUGGUUUAAAAUAUAUUUUAUUGUUUGCAGCGGAUCACUGGACAUCAAAGAUUCAUUGCACUUACGAACAAGGAACCUUUCUUUUCAAUUUCUGUGUAAUUUGCAAGACUGUACAAUGUGUGCUGAUGCAAGCCUUUUUCAGUUCAAGAGAAUAAAUGUUUACAAAUAUA